GCCAAUUUGCCACCUCGUAGGCAUCCGCCCGCUCCCCUGCUUCCGCUUCAAAACUGUACACGCUUCCGCUCUCCUUCUACUCCCCUCCCCUCCCCCUCCCUGCCGAUCGGCCGAUGGAACCCGCAGCCAUGGCAAGAUCCCCGUGCUCCGCCAUCUACCAGGCCACCCUCCCGUCUGCUCCGCCCGUCCCCGGUCGCCUCUCCAUCCGACCCCGCUGCGGGCUGGCCCUGACGAACCCCGCCGCCGCCAGGCGGCUAGUCGCUCGGUGCACCGUCGGAGACAAGGCCGAGGUGGAGAAGCCUAUCGAGAAAAGAUUUCCUCCUUUCCCGACUGCCAUGGACAUCAACCAGAUCCGCGAUAUCCUCCCACAUAGGUUCCCAUUCCUUCUGGUUGACAGAGUGAUUGAUUACAAACCAGGAGAAUAUGCUGUUGCGAUUAAGAAUGUGACAAUAAACGAUAACUUCUUCCCAGGCCAUUUUCCGGAACGACCCAUAAUGCCUGGUGUUCUCAUGGUUGAGGCAAUGGCCCAGGUUGGAGGUAUAGUUAUGUUGCAACCUGAAGUAGGCGGAUCUCGAGAGAACUUCUUUUUCGCAGGGAUUGAUAAAGUGAGAUUCCGGAAGCCUGUAAUUGCUGGAGACACCUUGAUCAUGCGAAUGACUCUGAUCAAGCUGCAAAAGAGAUUUGGAAUCGCAAAGAUGGAAGGGAAAGCUUAUGUCGGGGCCGACCUAGUAUGUGAAGGGGAGUUCUUGAUGUCUACUGGAUCAGAGUAAAGGUCUGUAGGUUUACAAGAACUAUGAUGGAAGAAAUCAAAACUUGCCCCCCUUGGUGUGAGGCACCACACUCUUGCUAGUUGCUAGUCGGUUUUCCAUGUCAGGAGUCGUGAUAGUAAAGUGACAUGGGGUGCAACCCCUGUCUUCCACCUUGUGAUAUAACUAAGGUCAUUUUUUAUGUUUCUUUUUCGUCUACUUUUCGAUGAAACUUUCAAUACUGAAAAUCAUUCUGUAUGCUCAGAUGUUGACGAGCUUUA